AUGGCUGACAGCGAUGCGCGCGGGGCUGACAGGCGGACGCCACGCUUCAGCUGGAAUCCUGCCUACGAGGCCACCUUUUUCCGGUCCCUCUGCGAGUCGAUACAAUUGGGCUUUAAGGAAAAUCACAGCUUCAAGGCCGGUGCAUGGGAGAGAGCAGCCAUCGCGCUACGCGAUAAGCACGCGGCAUAUCCUGAGAAGAGUCAUUUGAUCAACAAGGCAGAUAAUGCUCGAAAGAGGUUUCGUAUGUGGCGCGGGCUUAGGGAAGACCCCGAGUUUCUCUAUAACCCCGCUACGCGCAUGGUGAAUGCCAGCGAGGAGGCAUGGCAGAGCCACUUCGAGAAAGAGCCCCUCUCGAAAGCUCUCCGCGGCAGACCGUUCGAUCAUGAGGAAUACAUGGAGAUUCUGUUUCCGGACGUGGUUGGUUCUGGUGGUGCCCCGAAGCGUGUCAUGAAGAAACGAAAGGGGCCAGACGGGACACCUCUUGCAGUCGACAACUCGAUUAAUCACGGCCAAAACGUCAUGGAUUUGACGUUGGACUCGAGCCUUUAUUCGCAAACACCGACGCACAAUGCGACACAACAGCCGCAACCGACUCCCCAGGCAUCGAGUAAUCCUCAGCCUGUUACACAUUCUACAACUGCAGGAGUGUCCUCGCAGACAUCUGCAGGCAGUAAUACUGCGCUCACGCCGCCAGACGAAACUCCAAACACAGCUCAUGCCCGGAGACGAAUCGCAGGCGAAGGAGAGAGACGCAGAGGGCGGCCUUCAAGAUUUUCUUCCAACAUCUAUAGCAAUUCUCCGGCCGCAGCUGCGUCCAUCAAUCUUGGUCCACCGCCACCAGCAAGUUCAUCUCGGGCACAACCAUUGCACUCUUCCUUUAGCUCAUCGGCUCUCGUCGAGGAUGGGAUAUUGCUGUUGGCCGAGGCCUUGAAGAAUCGCAAUCCGCCCAAAUGGCCCGAGCAAGCUAUGGAGAUCUUGUUCCGCGAUUUUUCCGACGAAGAUCCCGAUCUACAACUCAAAAUUGCUGAGAAGGCAUUUGCAGAUGAGGUCAAGGCCAUGAUGUUUGUAAAGGCCACCCCUGAAUUACGGAGACAUUGGGUAGGACGUCUACGCGAGGUCCAUUCCCGCACGCUAGGAUUGGGAAGAGUUGGUGAGGAGGCUUCAUGA